GGAAAGGGGCGGGCCUCUCUUCAAGUCUCUUCUUCGUCCUCCAUCUCCGUCUCUUCCCCCAAAACCCCAGCCCCCUUGAAACCCUAGCUGCCGCCGCCUGUCAGCGCCGAUGGGGGGGUCGCGGCGCAAGUUCAAGCGCUCGCACGCCAAGGUCCGCGUGGGGCUCCCGCGCAGGAAGCCACGGGAGUUCAAGCCGGCCUUUGACCUUCCGGAGGCGCUCGCGGCCGCCGCCGGUGGCGGGCAGGGCUGGGACGCGGAGGGCAGCGUGGUGAAGAACUACGCGGCGUUCGGGGUGGUCGCCAACCCCAACCUCCUCGGCGCGCACUCCCGCGGCACCCCGCAGCUCGUCCAGAGCGCGCCGCUGCAGGCGCCCGACGUCGCCGCCGCGCGCGCCCCCGUCCCGGAGUUCGAACCCAUGGAUCCCGGCAGCGACCUCGAGUCCGACGAUCUGAAAUCUGCACUUGGGAAGAAAAGGAAGGAUGGGAAAUCUGCACCUUUGCAACCACUGACUAAAAUUCAACAUGUUUGCAUUGACAAAUUGAUAGAGAAGUAUGGUGAUGACUACAAGGCCAUGUUCAUGGAUACCAAGUUGAAUGCGAUGCAGCACUCAGUGGGUACGUUGAAGCAGCUCUGCGAAAGAUACCACGUUAGUGGGAAGAACUUCCUUUAUCCACUGUAGUAUCAUGCGGAUAUCUGUAGUUCAGUUUCACAGUGUAUGUUCCUCCGACUAAUGGAACAAGAACAAUUUUGUCUGUGAAGAUGGUACUUGCGGAUGACUUAGUGUAACAAUGAGCUUGUUUCCUGCUGGAGGACUAUAGUCAGAUGUUGGCAAUGCCAUGUGUCUUUGACAUCGAGUGGAAUUGUUAACUAAUCCAGAACUGUGCUGUACUUUUGCUUGGGAUCUUCUGUGACCUCAGGGUUUGACAAUUGUGAUUACACACUA